UUCUGUUGUUGUCGUUGCUGCUACUGCUCUUCUUCUCCCAUGGGUUCUUCAAGUCUACUUCUACUAUGUGUUUCAUUAUUUUCCUUCAUCCCCAUUACCCAUCAAUUUCAAUCCUCCCAAACCCAAGUCCUGUUGCAGCUAAGCAAACAGUUGGAAUAUCCAAAAUCGAUGGAAGUUUGGGACAAGCACCGUCAAGACAUCUGCUAUUCACCUUCGUCUCCACAGCUAACAAUUUUAUGCCAAGACAACUCUAUCACCGAGAUGAAAGUUAUGGGUGACAAGCCCAGAAAGAUUAGUGAAUUCGACGGAUGUGCGAUUCCGAAUCAGACUCUAUCAGAGGUUUUCUCCAUUGAUUCUUUGGUCACAACCUUGUCAAGGUUAACCAACUUGAGAGUUCUUAGCUUGGUGUCAAUGGGGAUUUGGGGUCCUCUACCUGAUAAAUUCCACCGGCUACAUUCUCUUGAAAUUCUGGACUUGAGCUCGAACUUUCUGUUUGGUUCAAUUCCUCCUAAGAUUUCUACCAUGGAAAGGCUUCAGACUCUGACACUGGAUGGAAAUUUUUUUAAUGAUACUGUCCCUGAUUGGCUUGAUUCCUUAUCAAACCUGACGUUUUUGAGCUUGAAGGGAAACAAGUUGAAGGGUACAUUUCCUUCUUCAAUUUGCAGAAUCAAGACACUCGCUGUUCUUGCUUUGUCUCAGAAUAAGGUUUCUGGCAAAUUACCUGAUAUGGAUAGCUUAACCAACCUGCAUGUUUUGGAUUUGCGGGAGAACCAAUUGGAUUCUGAACUACCCAUCUUGCCAAAACGGUUAGUCACGGUUCUUCUCAGCAAGAAUUCCUUCUCAGGUGAAAUUCCCCAGCAGUUUGACGAACUGGUUCAGCUUCAGCACCUUGAUCUAUCGUUCAAUUUUCUACAAGGUACACCUCCUGCAGCACUGUUCUCUUUGCCAAGUAUCAGUUAUUUGAAUUUGGCAUCUAAUAUGCUGAGCGGGUCACUUCCCUACCACCUAACUUGUGGCAGCGUACUUGGGUUUGUCGACAUAUCUACAAAUAGAUUAACAGGUGGAUUGCCUUCUUGCCUUACCUCUGCAUCUGAUAGCAGAGCUGUUAAGUUUGGUGGGAAUUGCUUGUCUGUUGAUCCACAACAUCAGCACCUAGAGACAUAUUGCAAAGAAGUACACAAAAAGAGUAGUCAGAAUGGUAGUAAGGAAAAUGGAGUAUUAAUUGCUGUUAUUGGAGGAAUUAUUGUUGUUGUUGUCGUGGUACUUCUGCCCUAUGGCUUUCUUGUUUUAUGUAGAAGAUAUUGCCAGUGGAGGGCAUCAGAGCAGCAAUUAAUGCCAAAGGCAUUGCCAGAGAACUCAGCAUCAGGAUUCUCAUCUGAGAUCCUUGCAAAUGCUAGGUUUAUAUCUCAAGCCACCAUACUUGGGACUCAAGGCCUCCCAGCAUGUCGAUUGUUUUCUUUAGAAGAGUUAAAGGAAGCCACCAACAACUUUGAUCAGUCAGCAUUUAUUGGUGAAGGCUCAAUGGGGAAGCUCUACAAGGGAAAAUUGGAGAAUGGAACCUAUAUUGCUAUACGAUGUUUGGCAUUGUUCAAGAGAUAUUCAAUUCGAAACCUUAAACUUCGAUUGGAUUUACUAUCGAAGCUUCAACACCCACAUUUGGUUUGCCUUUUGGGCCACUGCAUUGAUACUGGCGGACAAGAUGAUAACAAUGUCCACGGAGUCUUUCUUGUUUAUGAGUAUAUGCACAAGGGAAAUUUUCGUACUCAUCUCUCAGAGGAUAGUCCAGAGAAGGGCCUUAUAUGGUCAGAGAGAUUGGCAGUUCUUAUUGGUAUUGCUAAGGCUGUACACUUCCUACAUACUGGAAUGAUUCCUGGCUGCUUUAACAACCAACUGAAGACAAAUAAUAUCUUGGUAGACGAGCAUCAGAUUGCUAAACUGAGUGACUAUGGAUUGUCUAUAAUCACAGAAGAAAUUGAAAAUUUUGAGGCAAAGGGAGAGGGCCAAAAAUGGCAGAUUACGAAGUUGCAGGAUGAUGUUUAUAGCUUUGGUUUCAUAUUACUUGAAGCACUUGUUGGACCUUUGGUAUCUGGAAGAGGCGAAGCAUUGCUGAUCAAUGAAAUGGCAUCCAUUGGCAACCAGGAUAAUCGAAGACGAAUUGUUGAUCCUAUUGUAUUCACUACAUGCUCCCAAGAAUCAUUAUCAGUUGUUAUCUCCAUAACCAACAAGUGCAUAUCUCCUGAAUCAACGUCUCGGCCGUCCUUUGAAGAUGUUCUUUGGAACUUGCAGUAUGCAGCUCAGGUUCAGGCAACAAUGGAUGGAGAACAAAAAUGAGAAGUUUCAUUCAUCCC